AAGUAGAAGUCUCAACAUCAUCUGUCAUUACACACUCAAUUUCAAACAAAAAUUGUGAUCUAUAUUUAGGUAUAUUUAACACGUUUAUCAGCGUUACCCAGAAGAUAAUUAAUACAUAAUUACUUAAUCUUUAAUAAAAUGGAAUGCAAGGACCUAAGACUCGAUACGGAUAGUGAACAAAUUGAUAAGGAAAUUGAAAAAGAACAGCAAGCAUGCAAGUUAUCCCCAUCUUGGAGCCCUAGAAAUCCCUUGGAAAACAUCAUUGAUUGCCGCGAGAAGUCAAUUGUGGAAAACAUAAAUGCAGACCAAGAUGCAAUUGCCAAAAUCCAAUAUCUUAGUUUAGAACAUGCCAAGUUGGAUAAGUAUUUACAUAAUCACGAGCAGGAUGCAUCACUUCGCAAGUAUUUGGUCGUUGGAGUUCAUUGGGUUUCUCUGCUUACGGAGCAUGUGCUGAGCCAUCCGUUUCUGGUAUUGCGUUGGCAGUGUCAGGUUUAUAAUGCCUCCAAGUGUUACCACUUGCAUCCUUUCACCCUGCUGCCCUGUAUUGUCCAUUUGCACAGACGCCAGGGACUAACUACACUAUGGAAGGGAAUGGGCAGUUGCCUGCUUGUGCGUGGAAUGUCCUGCGCCAUUGACGAUGUAAUAUCGAAACUCAGCAGUUGGCCCAAGGAACUGGAUAGUCGAACGACCUUAAAGCGAUUUGGCCAGCAUGUCCUUCUGAAAUGUGUGAGCAUCGCUCUGGUUUCACCCUUCCACGCCAUUUCCUUGGUGAAGACAGUGCAAAGCGAUAUCGCCAGCGAAAAAACAGGACUUCUUGAUGUCCUUCGGGAAGGAGGGGCUCGCCUGUUCUCGUGGAGGUCCCCACAAAAUACUCGAAUGCUACCAACUUGGGCAUUAAUCGGUCCUAGUGUGUCAAUUGGCAUUACAAAAUAUCUCUUCAACUUGUUAAUACAUGGCGUUUCCACUCGAAUGAUGCAGAGGAGAAUUCAAGAGAAUCGGUAUAAAAAGAGCUGCGACAUUAAGCUGGAACACCAAAAUGCAGAAACUUAUGCGGGACUUAUAGCCACGCUUACCACUGAGGUCGUAUUCUUCCCACUCGAAACCAUUCUGCAUCGUUUAGAAUUGCAGGGUACGCGGACAAUAAUAGAUAAUCUUGAUACUGGAUAUUCAGUUGUCCCGGUUUUGACAGACUAUCGUGGAGUUUUCGAUUGCUACACGGUAACAGUAAUUUCAGAGGGAGCUGCUGGACUAUACAAAGGCUUCGGAGCAAUGAUCCUGCAAUUUGUGGCCCAAGUUGCUAUAAUUAAACUGGCCAAGUGGACAGCAGAUCAAAUAUCUGCUGGUAUAUUGAAUCGUCCAACAUCCCGCAUAGUACAGCCCUAUAAUUUGGAUGGUCUUUCCUGCAACAAGAGCUCUACAACAUUAUCGCCAAGCAUUUCCAGCAUCGAUGUAGAUCUGACGAGCUUAGGAAAGUAUUCACUAGAUGAGUAAACCUCUGUUUGUAAUUUUAAAAAAUAUUUAUAAUCACUUAUAUUGUUUACUAGCGAAGUAUGCGAUAAACCAUAAGAAACACCUUUGAAGUGUUUGCUAAUUAAAUUUACAAUUUCUAAAGUGAAUGGUAUAUACCAUUUAAACAGAAUCGAAAACUAAGCAAGAUUAAGUAUUGGCUAUUAAAUCUAACAUCGGUUUAUUAAACGUUGUGGACAAAUCAUUGUGUAUUGAGGCCUCACCUAUGCUAAUUUAUGUGCAGCCACUGCACUGUUGACUACUAGAGGCCUUCAACUAUUAUUUAACUAUGUAUAUGUCCUGGACAAUUGGUUUUCGCAAAAUUCUCCGAUUGUUUGUUUUUUGGCCCACACUCAGAAGGGCAGUAGAACUUACCACGAUAAUUUAAAAUUACAAUUUGCAAUGAUGUGCUGCAGAUACUCGAAAUCGCUAGGAUUGCGUUUUUAUGUGUUGUUUGUGUGCACGUAAUGCACAUAAAGUUGCUGCUUCGUGCCCCAGAAGCCGUAAAGCCAAUUCGCAGGACACCACACGGCGUAUACUUAAUACACACGUAUGCAACGCGUGACUGCUGCCAGGAUCCAAGGAUGUGAGUCGAAGGAUGCCAAAGAAAUCAACUUAAAAUGUGCAAAUUGUUUAUACUGCGACCCCUCUGCGGCCGAAAAACACACAACAUAUAUGUACGAGUAUGUAUAGUAUGCUGGCCGGAAUGGGUUAAAGUAUGUACCGGACAUUGAAUAAGAUUAAUGAAGGUUUUGCCUCUGGUGUUUCGCCUUUUUUAUGAAUGUUUGGUUUCGGUUCGGCCGCCUGCUGCGGUAUGGUGGUUGGACCGCAGAAUGAUGCCGUUGCCCCCGCUGCUAAAAUAUUUUUGCAGUCGGCCUCGGCUUGUUCUGCAGCAGCUGUAAACGAAAAACAUAUUUCAAUGAUGCAUGAUGCACCCCAAAAACAACAUCGACCGGGCGGUGCCUACCCGUCCUAGCAAACAAUAAGGAACAAACCCACCGAACAGUUUGAGCCGGGCUCAGAAGAAGAUGGAGACGAAGCUUAUGGCCACAAACAACUGUCAGGGACACGUUGCGAAAUGUGAAAAUUUUAUUGGUCUGUCAGGGAAUUAUAUAUCAGAAACGAAAAAGAAUGAAUAUUGCUUUUUAAAUGCUGGACUUUAACUGAAAAUUGUAGGAGUUUUUUUUACCAAUUUAAAGCUGUUUUUCCGUACUCAUUUCAUUGUUCUGCACCAAAAUUAAUUCGGCUAUAAUAAUUAAAACCUAAAGGAAGUAUAUAAGUAUAUAA